AUGGAGGAACUGGCUCGAGAGAGCAUCAGCCUGCUGGCAAAACCGUCGCUGGACACAGACAUCCCCAGGCUUGGCACCUUUGGCGCAAUCUUCAUCAUGCUCAAAUCGGCCCUGGGUGCAGGGCUUCUCAACUUCCCCUGGGCUUUCGAAAAAGCUGGAGGAGUUGGCACAGCUGUCUGGGUGGAGAUGGUGUCCCUCGUGUUCCUCAUCAGCGGCCUUGUGGCGCUGGGCUAUGCCUCAUCUGUCAGCAGGCAGAGCACCUACCAUGAUGUGGUACGGCACGUGUGUGGCCCAGCGGUCGGACAGCUCUGUGAGGUCUGUUUCAUCUUCAACCUCUUCAUGAUCUGUGUGGCCUUCCUGGUGGUGGUGCAGGAUCAGCUAGAGAAGUUGUGCGACUCCAUAUAUGAGGCAUUCAGUGGCUCAACAGAGAUACAGUACCACUGGUACACGGACCAGCGCUUCACACUCUUCAUCCUGUGCUUUGUGGUUAUCCUCCCCCUCUCCAUCCCUAAGGAGAUCAGCAUCCAAAAAUACACCAGUGUCAUGGGGACCCUGGCUGCCACAUACUUAACGGUGGCCGUUAUAGUAAAAUACUGUAUGCAAGAGGACAUUGUUGUCGUUUCCCAGACAUACAACAGUGGAAUAAGUUCAUGGGCUUCAAUGUUCAGCGUCAUCCCUACCAUAUGCUUUGGUUUUCAGCUCUUUGCUUGUUCAUGA